AUGGUUUACUUAUCAACAUAGUAAAGAAGCACUAAAAUAAAAGAUCAAACUAAAAAAGUUUAUAGAAUCAGAGUAAGGAAAUUAAAGGAUAACGAUAGAUCCAAUACUUGCAAAUUCUGUGAUUCCCAGUAUUGUAGCGUAUAUGGAUGCACAGUUUGCUAUGAUGGAUAUGUGUUGAUAUAUGAUUAGUUUAAUAAUAGAUCUUGUGUUUAAUGUACUUCGCCUUGUUAAACUUGCUAAUAUACUCCUUCAACUUGCACUUCUUGUAUUUUUGGAUAAUAUUUAACUUAAAUUGGUAGUGGUUAAUGUGGAUUUUGUAAAAGUAAUUAGUACAUUGACCCAAAUAAUACCUGCUAUAAUUGUAAUUCAAGUUGUUAAACAUGUUCUAAUGCAGAUAUCUGUAAAACAUGUGCUCCUACUAUGGUUUUCUUAAGUAAUUCUUAGCUAUGUGGAUGCUUAGAUAAUCAAUUUUUGAGCAGUUCAAAUACUUGCUAAAGCUGUGAUUCUAGUUGUGCAACUUGUUCUAACUCUAGUAGUUGCAAUACUUGUGCAAAUAAUUUGACUCCUCUUAGCUCGAGUUAGCUUUGUGGUUGUAAAAUAGGUUUUUUUCUUAAUAGUCAAAAUAACACAUGCUAAUAAUGUAACAGAACUUGCAGUUCUUGCUCAGAUAAUACAAGCUGUAACGCUUGUGUUUCAAAUUUGAUAAUUCUUGGACCAAAUAUGUUAUGUGGGUGCCCAAGUAAUUAAUUUGUAAAUGACUAAGCUACUUGCCAAAAUUGUGAUUUCACUUGCAGUUCAUGCUCAAAUGCAACAUCUUGUGACUCUUGUUCAGGUAAUUUAGUUAUGUUAGGAUCUAGGCAAUUAUGUGGAUGUAAAAACGGGUAAUAUCUAAACUCUUAAACUAUUUAAUGUUUAUCUUGUGAUAAAACUUGUUCAACAUGUUCAGAUUCAAAAAGCUGCAAUACUUGUGCUCCUACCAUGACAUCAAUUGGUCCAAACUAACUAUGUGGUUGUAGUAAAAAAUAAUUCUUAACAAGCAGUGGUACUUGCUAAAAUUGUAAUUCUACUUGUGCAACUUGUUCUAAUUCUAACAGUUGUGAUGCUUGUGCUGAUAACCUUAUUCUACUACCUAAUAAUCUUUGUGGGUGUAAUGUUGGAUAUUAUUUAAAUAGUUAAACAAAUACAUGCUAUAUAUGUAACAAUACCUGUUCAUAAUGUUCUAGUGCUAAUAGUUGUGAUGCUUGUAUUGAUGGGCUUAUUUCCUUAGGGGCAGGAAAUUUGUGUGGUUGUCUAAACAAUUAAUUUUUGACUGAUAAAAUAACAUGUUAAAAUUGCGACUCAAGUUGCUCUACAUGUAAAAACGAUAAAAGUUGUAGUAGCUGUGCUUCAGGUUUUUUUUUUCUUUUAAGUUCAAAUUCAUUAUGUGGAUUGUGUGAGAGCAAUUAGUUUGCUAAUUAAAAUAACACUUGCUAAGAUUGUGACUAGACUUGCGCGGCUUGCCUAGAGUCUUCAAGUUGUAAAAUUUGUGUUAAUAAUCUUGUUUAAAUUUCUAGUAAUUAAUUAUGUACUUGCAAAGCUGGAUUUUAUCUCGAUUUUCAAAAAAUAAAAUGUCAGCCAUGUGAUAAGAGUUGCUCAACAUGCUCAAAUAAUUCAAGUUGCGACACAUGUUCUUCUAAUUAGAUUUCUUUAGGCCCUAAUUUAUUAUGUGGAUGCAAAGCAAAUUAAUUUUUAGACAUUGAUAAUAUUUGCUAAAAUUGUGAUUCAAGCUGUAAUACAUGCUUAAACUCAAGCAGUUGUAGUUCUUGUAUUAAUAAUUUGAUUUAAAAAGGUUAAAAUAGUCUUUGUGGUUGUUAAAAUAACUAAUAUUUGGAUUUCUUAUCAACUACUUGUUUUCCUUGUAAUAAAAGUUGUAACACUUGUUUAAAUUCUACUAGUUGUUAAACUUGUGCUUCAACUUAUAAAUCUCAAGGGACUAACUAAUUAUGUGCUUGCGAUUCUAAUUAGUUUAUCAACAAUUAAUAUGAAUGUUAAAAUUGUGAUUAAAGUUGUUCAACAUGCAACGACUCUACAAGCUGUUUAAUUUGUGCGAUUGGUUUAUCCUUCCUUUCAAACUCAAAUUCUAUUUGUGGUAAAUGUGCAAGUAAUUAAUACCUAAAUAUAUAGACAAAUACAUGCUUACCUUGCAACACAACUUGUGGUACUUGCUUGAGCGCAUAAAGUUGUAGCUCCUGCAUUAAUAAUUUAGUUUCUCUAGGUCCUGGAUAACUAUGUGACUGUCCCUAAGGCUAUUUCCUAAAUAAAAACUCAAAUACGUGCCAAAUUUGCAAUAAAAGUUGUAAAGCUUGUUCAGACGCUACUAGUUGCGAUAUUUGUCCUCCAAACUUGAUUUCUUUAGGCAAAGGCUAAUUAUGUGGUUGUCCAAACGGAUAAUAUUUAGAUGAGCAAAAUAACUGUAAAAGCUGUGAUAAAAGCUGUUCUACAUGCUAAAAUUCAAAUAGCUGUAUUACUUGUUCAUAAAACUUGCAUUUUCUAAAAGACUCUAACUCAUUAUGUGGAAAUUGUCUAAUUAAUCAAUUUAUUGAUAUAUCAACAAAUACUUGUAAAAAUUGUAAUAUAACUUGUUUGACAUGUUAAAAUCAAACUAGUUGCUCUACUUGUGUAUCAAACUUAGUUUCUUUGGGAAGUAAUUAACUAUGUGGAUGUUUGAGUGGAUAAUAUCUUGAUGUAUAAGCAAAUAUAUGUAAAAGCUGUGAUAAAAGUUGCUCAACAUGUUCUAACUCAAUUAGCUGUACUACAUGUGCUCCUACAUAAAUAUUGUUGGGAAAAAAUUAACUCUGUGGUUGUAUUGGAAAUACUUUUUUAAAUAGCAAAAAUACUUGUUAAUCUUGUGAUUUAAGUUGCUUUACUUGUGUAGACUCUACAAGUUGCAAUACUUGCCUAAGCGGUUUAUCAUUUAUUUCAUAUUAAAAUAAGCUGUGUGGAAAAUGCUAAAAUAAAAGUAUAACUUGUCAAAAUUGUGAUAAAAGCUGUGCCACAUGCAGUGGAGGUUAAGCCAAUAAUUGUUAAUCUUGUAGUGUUCCUUUAUUCUUAUAACCUGAUCAAACUUGUGGAGAUUGCUCAAAUAAGAAUUAUAUUAUAAUAAGUGGUAAAUGUUUAAUGUGUCCAUCAAAUUUAGGGUAUUUUUUGGAUUUAAAUUUGAAAUGUUAAUACUGCUAUGGAUUAAAUGGUUUUACCUACAAUCAAUAUGCAGGUGUGUGUGAAGAAAUAUGUGGGAAAGGUAUCUAAUGCGAUGAUGGAAACUUAUUAGAAGAUGAUGGUUGCUCAAGUACAUGUCAAAUAGAAAAGGAUUAUACUUGCAAGCUUAUUCAAGCAAACAUUUCUUAGAAUAAAAUUUCUUAAUGUACUUACAAUUACAUAGGAGCUACUCCUUAUUUAGUUAUUUAGUAAGAUAUUACUGAAAUAGGAAAUUCUUACAUGAUAAAGGGUUUUAUAACAUUUGACAGGCAAGUUAAAAUUAAUGAUUAUAGUAAUUGGCAGAUAAAAGUUAUUGAUAAGUUUAAUAACACUUUUACAAACUAUACCUACUAAAUUGUACCAACUAAAAGCUAACUAAAAAGUAUACAAGACUAGUAGUUUUAAUUAGUAUUUAGAACAGAUUAAAAUAUAACUAAUAUGUCAAUUAUACUAAUUAUACCUUAAGUAAAGGAUGUCAUAGACUCAAAUAAGGCUGUUUUGAAUUAACAGUAAGCUUAAAGUUAUUUACCAAAUAUAUCAAAAUAAAAUAAAUAUGCAGAAAACAUUUAAGUUUAUACACAAUAAUUAUAAUCUCCUGAUUCUUUGAAGAGAAGUUAAUUAUCUGAAUCUAUAAGUAUUGGAUUAGGUCUGAAAAACGAUAAAUAUCUUUGUUAUCUUGUAUGGUCGCUCAGGGAUCUCACAAUGUUUGGCACUUCAUUUAAUCUUAGGCAUUGA